AUGGAUAACGUAACUAAAAAUAGUCUAAGCAUUUAUUAUCAAAAUGUCCGCGGGCUUCGUUCGAAAACAACGGUAUUUUUCCGUAAUUUAUGCAUGAGCACUUACGACAUUAUAAUCCUCACGGAAACGUGGCUAUUUGAUGGAAUUUUCGACUCAGAAUUAUUCGAUGAUAGAUAUAUUGUGUGGAAGCGUGAUCGCGAUUAUAGUUUGACCCAUCAAACACGAGGAGGCGGUGUAUUAAUAGCUAUACAUAAAUGGCUCGCCUGCACACUACAACCAACAUAUUUUUCUACCGCUGAAGACUUAUGGGUGACGUUAACAUUACACAAUAAUAAACCACAUAUCAAAACAAAUUUGCAUAUAUGUGUGCUAUACCUAUGUAGUCAAAAUACUGGUAAUAGUUUCUCUGUGCAACUAAAAAAUUUUUUAACUAACCUAGAACGAUUUAUUUCAACAUAUCCUGAUGAUAGGUUUUUAGUGGCAGGCGACUUCAACUUAAGUGCUAUAUCAUGGCUUCCCAAUGGUGAUCAUUUUGUACCAACGGGAAAUAAAACAUUUGACGAAAAUUUACUAGUUGACGAACUAAAUCUUUUGGGUCUAAAUCAAUAUAACGGCGUUGUGAACGCACAUGGUAAAAUUUUAGACUUAGUCCUGUCAAACUUUACUCAGGUAGUCUCCAGCUGUUGUGACCCUCUUGUUCCCAUUGAUCUACACCACGGGGCACUCCUAAUUGAAUCUCAUCUUCUUGAUUUCAUACCACUAAGGCCUGCCCCUCGCAAUAGGUUUCUGUACAACAAAGGCGACUAUACAUCAAUCAAUGCUGAGCUGCUCAAAAUCGAUUGGGCUAGCGAAUUUCAUCCAAGAACGGUAGAUGAAUGCGUCGAUUAUUUCUACUCAACAUUCCAUAUUUUGAGAGAUAAAUUUAUUCCAUCCAAAACUAUUGUUAAACAUCAAUACCCACGUUGGUACUCUCUAGCGUUAAUUAAGGUGAUCAAGGAACAAUACAAAUAUCAUAAAAAAUUUAAAAUUUACAAUAAUCGCAGUGAUUAUGAGUCUAUGAAAUUACUUCGAGUUAGGGCGAAAGCCUUAGAGUGUAAAUGUUACACUGACUACUUAGCAUCUGUUGAAAACUCUAUUACCAAGAACCCUAAAAACUUCUGGAGUUUUACAAAAUCACGCUCGAAUUCAAACGUUAUGCCUAGUACUCUUUUUUAUAACCAUGAAGUAGUCAAAACUGGCAGCAGCAUUUGUGAAGCGUUCUCAGAUUACUUUAGUUCCAACUUCUUGGAUGAUACUAGUACACAGCCCACCUGCGAUCCUGCCCAUACUGACUAUCCACCUUCUAUUGCGGAUAUCUCCAAAAUCUACGUCAGUGAACAAACUGUCCUCAAUCUCUUGCUCAAACUUGACCAAUGUAAAUCUGCUGGUCCAGAUCACCUGCCGGCCGUAUUUUUAAUAAAUUGCGCAAGGUCACUAGUAACGCCUGUAACUCUCCUAUUUAAUAAGUCUCUAGCAGAAUGUACUGUUCCUGCUAUCUGGAAAUCGGCCUUCAUCACUCCAAUACACAAAAAGGGCUCUAGAGAUCAGGUUAAUAACUACAGGCCUAUUUCCAAGUUAUGCAUACUAAGUAAAGUCCUCGAAAAAAUAGUGCACUCUCAAUUAUAUUUAGCUAUUAGACAAUCACUUCACGACUUUCAGCAUGGUUUCCUCCCCGGUAGAUCUACCGUCACGAACCUUGCUCUUCUCAAUGACUUUCUUACUGAUUCCAUGGAUAAAGGCCAUCAAAUUGAUGUCAUCUAUACUGAUUACAGUAAGGCCUUCGACCGGAUUAACCAUAGUCGCCUCCUAUACAAGCUUAAAUGUGUCGGCAUAAGCGGAGACUUACUUCGCUGGUUUUCCUCGUAUAUUGAGAACAGAACACAAGCUGUAGUGGUAAAUAAUUACAUUUCUAGCUGGGUUAAAAUCCCCAGUGGUGUUCCCCAGGGCUCGCUACUGGCACCUUUACUCUUUGCUAUUUUUGUUAAUGAUAUCAACAACUGUCUGUGUAACUCUCGUCUAUUAUGUUUCGCAGAUGACAUGAAAAUUUUUUCAAAUAUUUCCUCAUUAAAAGACGCAGAAGCAUUACAAAAUGACUUGAGAAACCUACUUGAUUAUUGUACCUAUAACCAUCUCGAUCUCAAUCCUACGAAAUGCUCAGUUGUUACAUUUAGCCGUAAACCCAAUAAAUUGCUGUACGAUUACCAUAUUGGAGGCCAAUCGUUGUCCAGAGAUGAUUCCGUACGCGACUUGGGAGUUAUACACGACUCGAAACUUCUGUUCGAUAAACAUAUCGAAAAUAUAAUUGGCCGGUCUACCAGAGCCUUAGGGUUUGUGAUGCGUUGCUCUAAAAACUUUAAACAAAUUAAAACAUUGAAAAUUUUGUAUUGUUGUUACGUAAGAAGUAUUUUGGAAUAUGCAUCACAGAUAUGGAACCCUCAAUAUAAAACCUAUAUAUCUCGAAUUGAACGUAUCCAGAUGAAAUUCAUUAAACACCUUUGCUACCGAGUAAAUGACCACUACAACUCUAACCACUACUAUGAUAAGUGUAGAAAGUUCCACCUCUUACCACUCGAGAUGCGAAGGCAAAUAGCAGAUAUUACCUUCCUACUUAAGAUAGCUUCAAGCGAGAUUGACUGUCCAGAUCUACUUGAGAAGUUAAAUAUCAAAAUUCCAAAAAAUGUUAGACGAAAGGUCCCACUAUUACUACCCGCAACAAAGACUAAUUAUAGGCAGAAUAGUUAUAUGUACCGUGCGAGCAAGUAUUUUAAUACUGUAUCCCAAUUGUUUAAUUUAGACCUAUUCAACUCAAGUAUCAUUUCGGCGAGACGAGUUCUGAGUAAGCCAUUUUUCAAUUCUAGCUGA